AUGGCUCUGCGCAUCGCCAUCAUUCUUCUCGCCGGCACUGCCUUGGCCAUGCCUGCCGACAUCAUCUCCGUCCGGAUGGCCGACUGCGGCAAGGCCAAGACGAACAUCCCCGCCAUCAACGACGCCAAGCUGCCAGACCCCUUCACCUUCGCUGACGGCUCCAAGGUCACCACUAAGGCUGACUGGGCCUGCCGAGCAACCGAGAUCCAGAACGCGCUGGAGCAGUACGAGCUGGGAGACUUUCCCCCGCCGCCCGACAAGGUCGAAGCAUCUCUCUCCGGGGAAACCCUCAACAUCAAGGUGACAGUGGGCACCAAGAGCAUCAGCAUGAGUGCCUCCGUCACCAAACCAUCCGGCGCCGGCCCGUUCCCCGCCAUCAUCGGCAUCGGAGGCGCCAGCAUUCCCAUCCCGGGCACCGUUGGGCAAAUCGCAUUUGGCAACGACGCCUUCGCCGCCCAGAACGGCCAGGGCAGCAGAGGCCAGGGCCUGUUCUACACCCUCUUUGGGCAGCAGCACAGCGCCGGUGCCUUGACGGCGUGGGCUUGGGGCGUCGGUCGAAUCAUUGACGGCCUCGAGCAGCUGGGCGAUGGCAAGACGGGGAUCGACACCAAGAGGCUCGGCGUGACGGGCUGCUCGAGGAACGGCAAGGGCGCCUUCGUCGUCGGCGCAUUGGAGAAGAGGAUCGUCCUGACGAUCCCGCAAGAAUCGGGAUCCGGGGGCGCUGCGUGCUGGCGCAUCUCGGACAGCGAGAAGAGCAAAGGCAAGAACAUCCAGACGUCGGGGCAGAUUGUUGGGGAAAACGUCUGGUUUUCUCGCCUGUUCAACACGUGGGCCACGAGGUCGUCUCAGGUCCCCGAGGACCACCACCUGCUGGCCGGGCUCGUGGCGCCGCGGGGGCUUUACGUGGCCGAGAAUGACAUUGACUGGUUGGGACCGGUGUCGACGACGGGUUGCAUGAAGGCCGGGCGGCUCAUCUAUCAGGCUCUCGGGUUGCCGGAGAACAUGGGCUUUUCUCUCGUCGGCGGGCACAACCACUGCCAGUUCCCGAGCGGGCAGAAUGCCGAGUUGACGCAGUACAUCAGCUACUUCCUCCUCAACUCCACGACCAAGCCAUCCAUCCUCGAGCGCAGCACUGUCAAUGUGAACGUGAAGGAUUAUGCGACAUGGACGGCGCCAACGCUGACUUGA